AUGUCUUCGGUAGGCAGGCAAUCGAGUGCUUCAACCAUUUCAACGAGAACAAGCGCAGGAGUAAAUGUGCCUGGUCUGCGAAUGGUCGAUGCGGCAGAAGGUGCUUUGGGAAUUGAGUGGAUUGACGGGCUGAGUGUACGGAAACUUCUCCCGGGAGGCACGCCAGAAGAAGACGACGAAGACACACCUGACAUAAAUUCGGCCCUGGAGGAGUAUGGAAUCUCUGUAGACACGCUCAUGGGCAUGAUAGGGCGCGAGCUCGCCAAACUUCAUCUUGCCGACGUGAUUCACGGCGAUUUGACGACUUCCAACAUGAUGCUUCGCCAUCCUCACUCCUACAGUUCAUACGACUCCACAUUCCCGACACAGCUCGCGAGUAACUUCGUGCUAAUCGAUUUCGGUUUAUCCUACCAUUCAGCACUCGUCGAAGACAAGGCAGUCGACCUAUACGUCCUCGAACGCGCAUUUGCCUCGACACACCCCGAAUCAGAACCACUUUUUGCAUCGGUGCUAAAAGCAUAUGAGCAAGGCAUGGGAAAGGAGUGGAUGGCGGUCAGCAAGCGUCCGGCUAAGGGGACGGAAACGCAGCAUGGUGGGCUGAUACUGCAUGCAUUGGAACUGUCGUUCGACAGCACACUCGACAAGGUCAAAGAUAAUCAGAUUGUGCACCGAUCGACUAUCGAACGUCGGUCCAUAUAUCGCUCGAUUCGCAAUGAAGACGCGCGCUAUGCAGACUCCAUCGUUGGAUCACCUGAUUACAUGGCGCCUGAGGUUCUUCGCGGCAAACCAUAUAACCUCUCGGUCGACUACUGGUCUCUAGGGUGCAUCUUGUUCGAGUUCCUCGCAGGCUUCCCGCCAUUUAGCGGCAGCACUGCGGACGAAACGUGGACCAAUCUCAAGAACUGGCAGACAGUUUUACGCCGCCCGGAGUACGACAAGCCAGAAGACCUUAUUUUCAAUCUUACGGACGUUGCUUGGGACGCUGUUACUUGCCUUAUUGCCCAUUCCUCCUCCCGACUUACUUCACUCGAGCAAAUUCGUGUCCACCCUUUCUUUGAUGGUGUGCAAUGGGAUGACUUGCGCGGAGUAGAGGCGCCUUUUGUUCCAGCGCUCGACUCGGAAAUCGACACCGGUUACUACGACGACUUUACAAGCUUAGAGGACAUGGCCAAGUACGCGGAGGUGAAGGAGAAGCAACGGAACGUAGAUGCGGUCAAGGAGAAGGAUGAUACGUUUGGACGGGGCGUCUGGGUUGGUUUCACGUUCGGGAAGAACGGGCCUGGGCUUAAUUCGCGGGGGGUGGUGGGGCUUGGGGUGGUGGUGGUGGAGACGAUGGGGCACUUGCGACGAUAUUUUGAUACGAUUACACACCGGAAUUCUCUUUCUUUGACCUGUAGAAAUACGAUGUUUCUGUACUUCUGUAAUGCGCAUAAGACAAUCUUUGAGCUUAAAGGGGAUAGGAGAGAGCGCAGUGGAACUCCAUCACUGCGAAGGACCACACAGACAGUUGCUUACGUACGCACACACACUUCGAUUCGUCUUCAAUAUCUCAACUUCAUCUCAUGGAAAAGCCUACAACAGGGGUGCCCAAUCAGCACAGGGACUACUGGUCGUAUUACUCGCGUCCCAAGUGAACAAUGGUGGAUCAAUCACCAACCGUUCCUAUUAUCGAUAGGCUACCAACUUCGUCGACGUUAUUAUGCAGAUUGGAUCCCUUCCUGGCAGCUUCCCGGAGCUACCGUGUCCAAGGUGCACUCUGAGGACUCGGUACACGGAUUGAACUCGUUGGUCUUGGACGCUAUACGGAUAGCGGAUGGUACCAAGGUUGUGCUCAAGCGCGUAGACACGCGUGAUGAAGAAUUGUCCGUUGUCCAGUACCUCAACUCUCCGAAUGUUCGACACCACGCUCACAACAGAACGGCGCUGCUUUUGGAUACCAUUCCGAUACCUGACGAUGAUAACACCAUAUUGAUUGUCAUGCCGUUCCUCAGAGUGUUCAACUCUCCUAUUUUUCGCCAUUUACAAGAGGUCAUCGAAGCUCUGCGUCAAUUUUUGCAGGGACUGGUAUUCAUGCAUUCUCACUUUAUAGCCCACCGGUAUGGCUUCUCCAAGCUCGGAAGGAGUACAUUACUCAUCUACUUUGAAAGCGAUGUUUGUCGGACGAACUUGAUGAUGGACGCAUCCAAGGUAGUGCCCGGCGGCAGCCAUUUCGACGAUCCUAGCACCCAAGAGAGCAAUCUCAGUCUUCGAUUUCGCUGGAGAGACCGAUGUUCUGUUGCACCGAUUGCCUAUUAUUUCAUUGACUUCGGGCUUUCUCGCUAUUUUCCAGGUGGCGUGGAAACUGCGUUCAACUUUGGUAGGUACGGGCAGGACCGCACCGUUCCGGAAUUCAAAUGGGAGGUACCCCACAAUCCGUUUAAAGUGGACAUUUAUCAAUUGGGCAAUACCUUCCUCAAAGUGCUCACUCGCUUUCCCGAAAACCGCGAACAUUUGCUGCCCUUGUUGCGCACAAUGACAGCGAACGACCCAAAUGCACGGCCCACCGCGCUGGAAGCGUUAACGGAGUUAGAGGCACUGAGUGAGCAUAUCCCCGAACCCGAACUCGUCAAAUCCAUGGAAUACGAACGAGAUUAUGACUCGCCAGACACGGAAGAGGAGGAUUUGUACCACGAGAUAACGUCUGACGACGACCACGAUCUCGCUACUAGGCUGGGAGGGCAGCUGUUGUUGACCUGA